AUGCAAUAGUUUAUCACCCCCACAUGAAAAUGCAUUGCUCCAAAAUAAACAGUAUCACUUUCCACACUCCACCGGGGAAAAAUCGAUCAACUUUCCGUCCAAUUUUGCACCAGAAAUGUAGGUCUUCCGGCCAACCCAUGCAGGCUCCUCUGCAGUCUUCCCACCAUGGCGUCACCGAUGCUCCGUCCACUCUCCCCGUCCGUCCACGUCUUUCCUGAAGUGACACGCGAGGGCGCUGUUCGGCAUGUCUGCUGACUUGCUCAGGUCCAGCCCCCGGCCCGGACCCAGGCCAGCCCAUGCGAGGGCGUCCUCCUCGGCCCCGCUCUCUGGCCGUCCCUCCUCAGCCGCCAGUGACUCCUCCGGCAGCACGACAAGCAGCACCACCAGCUCCGCGGGCUCCUACCGCAACCGCACCUUACUCAAGACCUACCACGACUUUGCCAUGCAGAUCUUCAACCCAGGCCACGCCCAGGAUGUGGAGAAUCUCUUCCUGGCCGCGGCCAAGGACGGCGACUACGAGCGGGUGGAGAACUUCCUUCGCAGGAGGAGUAGCGAGAUUGUGAAUAUUGACGUGAAGGAGAAGCGAACUGGCAACACCCCGAUCCUGUGGGCGGCCAAGAACGGCCACCUGAAGAUAGUCCAACUCCUGCUGAAGUACGGCGCCGACGUCACCAUCCGUAACUACGACAACGAGACGGCCAUGGAGGUGGCCAAGCCGGGGAUUCGAACCGCCCUGCUGCAGUCGGUGGAGAGGGUCGGGUGCACGCCCCGGCACCUGCUGCAAGCCGCCUGGCAGGGGAACAUUGACGUGGUCCAACGAUUAUUAAAUGAGAGUAAAGUGUUGGACAUCAACUGUCGUAACGCUGAUGGCUACACACCGUUGCUAUUGGUUACCAGGGACGUGGAUCUAUUUGAGCAGAUCGGUGCCGCACUGGAGCACUACAACCCGCAGGCCGUAGUGCGAGAGCUGCUCCUCCACCGGGCGGACCUGACCACUCACGACGCGGAGGGCCGAACCCCGCUCCACUUUGCCGCCGCCUCCAAGGCCAAGGUCUCGCAGGAGAUUGCGUUAGUCCUGAUCAGCGAUCCGGCCAUCUUGGAGAUGAGGGACCGGCGAUCACUGGCGCCCAUCCACUCGGCCUCGCAGAGCGGGCAGGUGGAGAUACUGGUAGCGCUACUGGAUAGCGGAGCGGACGUCAACGCACGGGGCUAUGCAGGGGCCACACCGCUUCAUAUAACGGCAUGCUAUGGUCAGCUGCAAGCAGCCACCAAGCUGCUGAACCACGGCGCAGACGUGACAUUGGUAGACGACAGCGGGAACACGCCGGUCGAUUUGGCCAAGACGAAGAAGCUCAAACAUACCCUACGAGAUGCGUGGACGGAGGCAACGCAAGCCAAACGGGACCUGGUCCUCACCCCAGUCAAACCGCCGUCCCGUAUGGCAGAGCAUCGAGGGCUGGGAGGGGAGGACAGAAUGACCCAGGAAUCUAUUGGCAGUACCCCACGGCCCGGAUCCUCCAUGAACUUCACACCGGAAAAACGCAUCAUCCAUAAGAUGACUGAGGCCCAUAAAGCCAUGCUGGCCGAGGAACAGAUGCUGCGAGAUAUCGAAAGCGGACGCUUCACUCCAAGCUCAUCUCCUCGUAAGCUGGGUCUUCCCAGAGCCUCCUCCAGGAACAGCACCUCACCAGGCAAGCUGCCCGUCCCUCCCAAGACCCCUCGCGUCUUGGAUCAUGGAUCCAAUUCCUCCUCACCUGCCGCCUCCCCAGAGAAGAGCAAAAAGACGGCCAGGUCCCUGUUUGGUUGCCGGUUACGCACCAACACUGUACCGAGUGGAGAAAGCGCCACGGAGCUUAGGAACCAGAGAGCAAAGGCACACGCCAAAGUCAGCCAGAGAAAUUCUGAUCCGGUUGUUUCCAAGGUAACCACUGACACACCGCAGGUUCCUGUCACGGUGGUAGGCCUAGAUCUGGACGAAAACCUGCGAGAUAUACGAUUUCAGAGGUUAGUGUCUGGGCCCAUUGCUCCGUUUCUCGAGCGACGUCGUCAGGACAGGGUGGACGCCUCAGUGAACCCGACCCCACCCACAGAGAGACGACCCUCGGCAGGGAGAAGGGGCUCCAACCCCAGCGUGCAGGACCUAACGGGGGCUUGCAUGGACUACUUUAGGAAAGGAAUAAAAUACCCCAAAUCAGUCGGGAGCUCUAGCAGCACGAUAAGCCUGGAUGACGAGUCUAGUACCCCGCCUCCAAAGAGAGUUCCCUUCCGGUCCAACAUGCAGAUUCACCAUCUGAAUCUAGAACAAAUGCAUCUUCGCCUGGGCACCCCGAGCCCCAUGCUGGAUCCAACGCAGCUCUUCAACCCAACGUCACGCAGCGUCAUGCCACUCUCUCCCUCACAAUUCUCCGAGAACAUCCAGGCCACCAUUUUUGAGUUCGAGGACGAAGACAUAGUGCCAGAAGACGGGCAGUCGCAAAUUUCGCACGGCAGCUCUCCGGAUCGGAAGGGAGAGCGCAAUUUUAACAACGAUCACCUGACACUGACCAGGACCAAGUCCAUUCUGAAUCACUGUAAAGCCUUCAGCAUCGAAGACACCCGCGUCGUGGACCCAAACAAGGAGGCCUCCACCGACUCGGGUCAGGGGUCACGAACGACCAAUAGCGUCUCGUCAUCAAGCACCCUGUCAACGCCAAGCCCCCUGCUGCCCCGACCUGAUGGAGAGCUACCCAUCAGAAGUCUCGUUACGAAUCGUCUCGGAGUUAACAUGACGCCCUCCGCAACCAGGGUCAAAGACUCUGCUUUCAAAGCAAGAACUGGAAACGUAGUCACCAAACCUCCGUCGAGUACGCAGAAAACGGCUGCUACGAAGAGAAUGGAUGUACGAGCAACGACCGAAAUAUCGCUGCAUUCGGCCAAAACAUUGGUCGUGGAAAACUCUGACGUGCGCUCGGCUCCUACUGCCAAGAAACAGCAGCCAACGUCGAAUGUCGAGACACACAAUUCUGCCAAGAAUUUAUCUAAACCUUCCAGUUCAAGUCUGGGAAACAAUGCAAGAAAGAUCAGUUCAGACAGUUCUGCCAGUUCGAAAGCAAGUGUGCACGGUAAAAUGAGUAGUACUAGAGAACUCGGCACGGGAGGAAAAUUAGAAAAUGCAGCAACCUCUAGAAAGUUUGACUCGGGUGUGAAUUCUGAAAAGACUAGAGAUAAGAAACAGUCCUCAAAUCAGACGUCUGUUUUACCUUCUGCAAAUACGUCUAAAACUGCUUCUCCAAUUGUUGAUGGAAAGAAACACGAAACGGUAGUUGAAUCUCAAUCUGAAAAAGAUGUUCAGCAUGUCACAUUGAACAAAGCGAAACAUGGAACAGCAGUCACCAAUCAGUCUGAGAACCUGCGUAAAAGUACGGACAAAGGUGUGGUGAAGAAGAUAGAGGUUGAUAAUGCAAGUAUAAAGGGGUCUAAUUCGAUUCGGUUGAACUCCAGUACAAAAGUUGUGUCCAGCUCGGGAAGUAGCCGUAGCUCGUCAAGAAAGACCAGUACAGAAGAACAAACGAUACAUAAAACAGCAGUCAACAAGUCUGACAGUCUGGCAAAAUCCAGCAGCGAUAACAGCGUAAGCAGUGUUGUUAAUCAGUGCAAGAGUGCAGAAACCAAACUGCUGUUUGGACGGCUAGGAGGCCAAGGGUCAUCAAAAAAAACCGCUGACCCCAAGUCUGAACAGAAAGCUAGAAGUGUCCAAUCUUCUGACAGUGUAAGAAGGAGUAUCAGUACGUCAAAAGAAGGGAGUGUUCGGACUAGCAAGCCCACCCAGCAGGGUAACAAACAGGGUGAAUCACUGUUGCCUCAGAAGACUCCGGCAAGAGCAGAGGUAGCGACCAGUAAAACCCAGUCUCCGUCGGCAUCUGGCGAUAUGCCCAAAGUCAGUCCGAGACCUGGAUAUGGGCAAGGAGCCAGGUCACCAGCGGGGUCGACGGAGAAGGCCUCGCCAAGAAUACAGACCUCUAAGGGAGAGCCUUCCCUCUCCAAGAGCUUUGGUUCCGGCUCCCCCCAGCUGAAGACGGAACUACGAAACGUGGUGCAAGGGCUUCAAGCUGCUAAGCAAACCAAAAAUAAAACCAAAGCAAGACAGCCUCUGUCUUCUGACGAGGGUGUUGGUUUAGAUCUGGAAGAGCAGACAGACAGAACUUGUACCAGCAACGAAAAGCAAGUGCUACCCAUUCACUCCCAACAGGGUAAAUCCAAGAAAAACAACGAUGAUCGAACUGGGAUGCCUCGAAAAUCAGAGACAGAUCCUAAACUCAUAAAAAAUGUUUCCAGCGAUCAAACAUCGUUGAAGGUACAGCAAAGCAAGAAGAACUGUGAGGAGGUUUCACGACCAAAGUCGACAGGAAGUAAGUCGGAUUCAGUGGAGAGCAUCGAAGAAGUCUAUGAGGCGGUUGUCUUCGUCUCAGACGAAGAAAAGGGAGAGGAGAAAGUCGGUGUGAUUGAGACUGCACCAUCCGAAGAAACUGUCAAGGUCCAUAUCAAAGAAGUGGAUAUUUUAAAAGAGGCUAAAAUAUUGAAGCAAAGAAAGGUUGUUAGGAAGACUGGAGGACGAAUCAUCCCGGCUGUGAAGACACAACCCAAGAAAGAUCUGAAGGACUCUUUAAGCAAAAUGGGAGGUGUGUCUAAAUCUGCACUCAGGGCUGUUGGGAAAUCUGUUUCCGAUGCUAAGUUAAACGGUCAGGAGCUCCUAAUGCCUGGAAAGAGAAGAGAAAUUCCUCUCGUUGACAGAUCUGAAGAAAAAGAAGAAGCUGGGAGUGCCAAGAAAUCUCUCAGCCCCAUCAGUCCUAAACUCCCGAAUCCCGCUGCUACAAAGUUCCACUGGAAUAAGUUCAAGUCUCCCGAAGUGUCGCCGCGAAGUGAUUCUUCACAGGAGAUUCCACGAGACCCCAGAAUCAUCAAAGAGCACACGCCAGUCAUCCAAGACAUCAUGGAAUACAUGCAUAUGGGGCAGCUGCAAUCUGGGCCCACGCCAAUUCCUUGGAAACCGAGAGAGAAGAUCUCAUCCACAAGCAGCUGCCUGAAUCCUGCCAAGUCCAGUACGCUCGUCAAGACGCGGCGAAGGAUCGCAAGCACCAAGGAGCCUCUAAAAAGACCCUCAGUCAAAGGCAGCCUCCGGAAGAUCGCCAUCAUGGGUCAGAACACGCAGAAAGGAAAAGCCGGUAGGCCUGGAAGUGGUGGGAAGUUGCGGCCUGGAAGUGGCGGGAAGUCGCGACAAAAGGCUAAAAAGAAGCAAGAGCCAGAUGCCAUCAGCAUGCAGAGGAAGGGAAAAUUGAGACCGCUGAGAUCCAAGUCAAAAACCAGUCUCAGAUCUGGCAAGCUUCACUUGCUGAGUGAGGCCGACUCUACCACUAAAGCGUUUAUCACUGGUCAGGGCUGGCAUAUCCAGACGGAGAAGAACGAGACAUCGGACGUCAUCAUCCACAAUCGGUCUGCUCUGGAUAGCUCCUGCGAUUCAUCCUCAGAGGAGGAUGCCCCUGAAGGAAGUCCCAAACUCAGUCCCCACAACACUCUCAUGCUGAACGAGCUGUGCAAGAUUCAUUCUCUCAGUCCUGCCGUCAUUAACAACAUCGCAAACAUCAUGAGUCCGUUAGAGGUGGGAACGCCCUUCUUCAUCCCGGACACAAUGGGAGCAAUCAAAGAGUUCGGAGACUCCCUCAAAAGCAACAGCUCCGUCGAGACUGAUCAGCAGAGCCAAGGAAGCAGCUCAAAGAAGUUCACUUUUGAGAAAGGGAGCGUUGAAAGGCUGGCAAUAGAAGGAAGCGACCAUCCAGAAGAACCUUGCAACAUCUUGGAGAAUACUGAGCCAGGAAUGGACCCCACAAAUGCUCAUCAAUUAUCUAUCAACCUGAAGCCACUUUCACUGGGCAACACAGAGGAAUCAAAGUCUGACACAGAGUUGGCUGCAUCAGCAGAAAAGAGAGAAACUUAUCCAGGCGGAGUCGACUAUGGAGAGGAUGGGGGAAGUCAGACCGAUACUCCAAGAAUAAUCACCUCAGGGACACCAAACAGCCUGGCAGAACGAGGCAUGGGUGACAUAGACGGCGAAGAUGUAUCCUCAUAUGAAACCAACCCAGACUUCCUCCGAGUGCUCAGAUUACAGGAUUCGACCUCGCCAAACGCCUCGCCAAGAAGUACGAUGUUAAGAACAGAGCUUGCUAAGGAGAGAUCAAAGAUGGGGAAUGCCGAAGACUGGAGUGCACUUCCCGAGCCUCCUGUGGAACCAAACGGAGAGCGUGACACCACCUCUGCUAACAAGGUAUCUCACAAACCCCCUCUGCCAUCCAAGAUAAACACCAACAUCUCAGAGCUGACACGGGUCCCUCGGGGGAGCAUUAAAAGAAGACACAGCGAGCCUCCUGCUCAGGUCUCCAAAAACAAACAGGAUGCAGCGGAGAAGCAGGAAGACAUCAGAAAUGUCGUUCCGGUCAAGAACUCCUGGAAGGAGGAGUCCGCAACUGCGAACCAGGAAUCAACCUUCUUGGAGGCUCAAAGGUUCGAGGACCAUGGGUCACAGUUGAGGUCAAAUUGGAGAGAACGUAGCCAGGUGCAGGACAUGAUAUCGCCCUUGAAGAGCCGACUUCCUGAUAAGAACUUCAGCCCGCCAUCAUCGUCCAAGGAGUCACCAACUCGAAGGAGAGGGAAUUCGAUGCCGGAUGUCAUCAGUCCAAAGCAUCAUCACGAGCAACACAAAUCCAAGAAGAGUAGUUCGGAAGAGGCAUCUAACAAGCAUCUGUCAAGUAACCUGCCAUCUCAACGCAAGCCCAGCAACUACUCUGAGGGUUCUGAAGUCUUCCUCAACGAUGUCGCCGAAAAUGACGAUGGUGACGACGAUGACGCGAUCGUACAUGACAAGGAGCAGCUCUUGACCGAGCACGUGCAGCACAUGUCCUUGAACGCCAUGCAGGAGCUGAACACGGUCCUGUCGCAGACCGGGGACGUUCAUUUUGACUUCCCGUCGCCGACUCUCCAACCGCAGUCCAGAGAGGGCGACGCAGAGUCCGUCGGGUUUGGAGCCGAGGCCUCUGAUUGGUUGAACCAGAGCCUGGCAGCGUCAGAGGCGAGUGACAUCCUGACCAGGACUUUCUCAGCUAUGAGUAGUGAGCUGCAGAACACUCAGUCCAGCGGUCUGAGCAGCGAACGAAGUCACAGCUCAAGCACCAACUUGUCCGAAUCAGAGGGAGGGUUGCUCCAUUGGAAGAAGGGCAACAUCCUCGGCAGGGGUGCCUUUGGAGUGGUGUAUUGCGGCUUGACCAACACCGGCCAGCUGAUUGCCGUCAAGCAGGUGGAGCUGAGCGACAAGGACAACAAGCAUAAAUCCAGACAGCAGUAUGAGAAACUACAAGAGGAGGUGGAGCUACUGAAGACACUCAGACAUCGGAAUAUUGUAGGGUUUCUCGGCGUCUCCCUUGAAGGCAGCACGGUCAACAUCUUCAUGCAGUACAUCCCCGGUGGGUCGAUCGCCUCCCUCCUGGCACGCUUCGGGGCCUUGGAGGAGCCCGUCUUCUGUCGCUACACCAAACAGAUCCUGCAAGGGACGGAGUACCUGCAUGCCAAGAACGUCAUCCACAGAGACAUCAAAGGAGCCAACAUCAUGCUCAUGUCCAACGGCGUCAUCAAGCUGAUCGACUUCGGCUGCGCCAAGAGGCUCUGCAUCAACAUCAGCCAGAGCCAGAACCUCCUGAAAUCCAUGAGGGGUACGCCAUACUGGAUGGCACCGGAAGUGAUCAUGGAGACUGGGCACGGCAAGAAAUCUGAUAUAUGGAGUAUCGGCUGCACAGUGUUUGAGAUGGCCACCAGGAAGCCUCCGUGGUCUGAGAUGCCGCCCAUGUCGGCCAUCUUUGCCAUCGGCUCCGGAGGACCGGUCCCUCAACUGCCGGAGCGAUUCUCCUGCUAUGCCCGAGAGUUUGUCAACGCCUGCUUGACAAGAGAACAGAAUGAGAGACCGACAGCCACGCAGCUCCUGACGCAUAGCUUCAUCCGGAAGAGGCGAGAGAGAGGACGCGACCGCUUCGAGACGCGUAUCUCAUCCUCCACCAUGGAAGACGCCAACAUCACCUUCAAGGAGCAAGUAGGCUCCGAGGACGAUAGACACGAGACGGAGAAGAGGACCCGAAAGCGGGAACACUUCUCGUGAGUGUCUUUCAGAAUCAAUUCCUCCAGGGAGCAAGGACGCGAUUGCUUUGAUACGCGUAUCUCCUCCACCUUGGAAGAUGCCAACAUCCCCUUCAAGGAGCAAGUAGGCCCCGAGGAUGAUACACGCGAGACGGAGAAGAGGACCCCCCGAAAGUGGGAACACUUCUUGUGAGUGUCUUUCAGAAGUUAUUCCUGCGGUAGGGAGCAAGGACGCGAUUGCUUUGAGACGUGUAUCUCCUCCUCCACCUUGGAAGACGCCAACAUCACCUUCAAGGAGCAAGUAGGCUCCGAGGACGAUAGACACGAGACAGAGAAGAGGACCCGAAAGCGGGAACACUUCUCGUGAGUGUCUUACGGAGCGGGGAUAUGGUUGCUCUCAAGAAGCAUAUCUCCUCCUCCACAACAAGGGAAGAUGCCAACAUCACCUUCAAGCAUUGUCAAGGAGCAAGUAGGCUCCGAGGACGAUAGACACGAGACGGAGAAAAGAACCUGAAAGCGGGAACACUUCUCGUGAGUGUCUUUCAGAAUUAUUCCUACGUUGGGGAACUUGGACGCGAUCGCUUCGAGAUGUGAGUCUCCUUUUCUACCAUGGAAGACACCAGCAUCACCUUCAUUUUUUUCUGGUAAGAAAUCACACUUUUUUGUUUACCUAGACCUCUGCGAACUUUGCCUUGUUCAUCGUUUGCGUAAAGUGCCAUGAAUCAUUCAUCCAGAAAUCGUCAAUAUUUUGUAUCAGAUUUAAGAUCAUGUGCCUAAAAAGUCUUUUUUUAAUAUACUAAAGGAAUUCGUCCAAAUUUUUUUGUAUCUCAGUUUGAUGCCUUGUGUAUUCUACAGCUGCAGCGUUGUGAUUUAUAUAGCAUAAUUCCAUCCAAAUUUCAAAACCUGCCAGCAAACUUGUGGUGCCUUAAAAUUAAAUUAAAAAAAAGAAAAUUUGACAGUUUUUUUAAUCACUUUAAAAUAACCUUCCAGAAUAAUACUUUUAUUACAUUGAUAUGAAUUAUUAGACAAUGCAUUCAGUAUUUUUCGUAUCAUCCAAUUUUUUUAUGAUUUUUAGUUCGACUAGUCUUUGAUUUGCAAUAAUGGAACGGAAACCAAGUUUUCAAAUGCCUUUACCAAAAACUUUUUAUGAAUUGCAGUUUGUAAUUAUUGUGGUGCGACUCUUUUUUUUUUUUUCAAAAUGCUUUUUGCUACAUAUAUUUUUGGUUGAAAUUCGAUAGAUACUCCCAUUUUGAACAAUCAAUAAUACAACUUUUUUGAUGACUAAUUAUAUGAUUGUUAAUAUCCAAGCCAAAAAGUUACAGUGUUUGAAGUAAUUUCGUUAUUUUUGGUUUUGUUUGUCGUUCUCUGAAGCUUUAUAAAACUGACUGAAAGCUAGCAAUAAUCGAAAUACACAUUGAUAUUAAAUUUUGAUAUUCAUAUAGACAUGCCUUACGAUUAAGAACAUAUUUAAACAAUAUUUCAUCAUCUGUUUCCUUGGAGAUACGUUUCAUUAUCAGAUAAUGAAACUUCAACAAAUCUUCCUUUUCUUCAAAUAAGUGCCGUGUGCAGUAAAUCAAGUGGGCCUCAUAAAUGAAGUCUUCAAUUUUUUUUAUAUAUUAUUAUUGCCUGUAUAUAAAUUUAAUAUUUCAAUAUUAAUAAUGUUUUAUGUACUUUUUUAUGUUGGCAUUUCUUCUAUUUGUAUAAAGAUUGCAAGGUAUUAAAAGCAUUUGGAUGUUUU